GCCUUGGAAUACCCCUAGGGAGAUAAGUACUCUGUCCUUUUUCAUCCCUCUUCCAAAAUGAUGGUAAUGUCUUCUACAGCUAGCAGGUAGUAGUAUUUACUUAGUAGAGAGGGUUGAACACUGUGUGUGUUUAAAUGAUGCAGACAAUUCUUGUUUCUCUUCCUCUGGAGUUUGUGCUAAAUAAUGUUAAAUAUUAAGGUUAAUGUUAUGUUAAUAUGUAAGUUAAAUAAUGUUAGAGCAGAUUAUGUUGAGACUUGUGUAGGUGAGUGGAGUUUAAUAUUUGAAAAUAUAUAGCUGGCUGAAUUUCAUGACAGCAAUAGCAAAUUUAUUCUACAUUCUCAUUAUUUGAAUCAUCUGCUCUGUCUACACGAGCAAACUUGAUACUUAAAUGUAUUUUGAGAUAAUGACAUCAAUAACAGGUAUUGGUCUAAUAUGAAGGUGUGGAUAGAAAACCAUCUUGUCAGCCUAGUUACCAAAUGACUUUGCUGGCAUUGUAGCCGUGUUGACUUUUUAUGUGAAUGCCUGACAUGUCACCUACAUGUCUGUGUGUGACUUUCCCACCAAAAUCUAACAGCAUGCUGAGGAAUAGACUUGAAACUAUUUUCGGAUCCCUCUCCUUUUCAUGUAGAAGCGGGACAGAAUUGUCAAAUACUUAAUGUGACACCCUGAUACUUGUAACAAAUGACUGUUAAUAGCAAACAUCCCAGACCGGCUAGAUGCACUCUGUUUCAGGAGCGGGAGUCGGCUUGUCUUUGUCUAGAUCCAUUGGUCUGAGUAGGGCUGUGCAUCGGCAAGUUCUAAAUUCCUUAAAAGGUACGUUAUGAUGAGAUUAGGGGUGCUUGAUCUUAAGGCGAAGGGUUUAACCUAAGCCCACACGAUCUUAAGUGGUGAGUGUUUGGCACCCGUUUGGUAACGCAUUGGGAGCUGCCGUGCCGCUCUGUACCUCAGGGAUAAGUUCCACUGUUAGGAAGCUAAAAGCUGUUCCUGUAUAGCUGAGGUUUUGGGGGAAACGGGGAUGUCACAGGAGCUGGGGCGAUGGAAAUAAGCAGCAAGAGGGCUGAAAGACGGAGGACUAAGAGCAUAGAGAACUGACCGAUACAUGGAUACAGCCAUGGAGACUUGUGUCUGUAUCUUGUAGAUGUAAUGGUAUAGCAUGGAUAGUUGUUGCUCCUUAGUGAUGCCGGACAUCAGCAGCAGAUGAAUUUAUAAGCCACAGAAAACCUAAUCAUGCCAGCAAUAUGUUUCUAAAAGAUUUUCUCCAUUAAUUGGCAUGCUGCUAUGGGGAAGCUGAUCCCUGUUAUCUUGUUACUUGCAGGCGCUGUGAUAAAUCAGAACCUGGAAUGACCUGCCCCUUUGAAGGUGUUAGAGCUUUCAUAAGCUAAGCUUAAAGCUUGAUAGUAAGAAAGAAGAGUAGCUGUCUCCAAGCUGGAUCAUCAGGGUGGAUUAUAGCUGUUUGUGUACUCUGGCCCUAGAAAUGUCAGGUGUAUCCCGUACUAACUGCCUUCCUUUGGUCCACUUUCCCGGGCGCCUCAGCAGCUCCGGGUGUUUCGAUUCGGAAGGGACGAGUGAUGCCUGCGGGGACGAGAACCUGAGGCUCCCGCGGGGCCGCGCUCGGUGCGUUAUCCCGUGGCGUUGUUCUGUCCCGGCGCGGCCGCACUUCCCGGCGCGGCGCGGGCGGGGCGGCGCCUCGCACACGUGAGCGGCGCGCGGCCAAUGGCGCGAUCGCGUGAUGCGCAGCGCCGGCUGCGCGCGCGGUGGGGUGCGCAAGAUGGCGGCGGGCGCGUGAGGGGUGGCGGCGGCCGCGCCGGAGGGACGGAGGGAGCCGAGGCCCGCAGGGAGCCGGGAGGGGCCGCUGGUGCCGCCCCCGGGGUGCGAUGGUAAAAUGACCCAGGCGGGGAAGAAGAAGAAGCGCGCCGUGAACCGCAGCAUCAUGCUGGCCAAGAAGAUCAUCAUUAAGGACGGCGGGACGCCUCAAGGAAUAGGUUCACCCAGUGUCUACCAUGCUGUUAUCGUGAUCUUCUUGGAGUUUUUUGCUUGGGGACUCCUGACAGCUCCCACUUUAGUGGUUUUGCAUGAAACCUUCCCAAAACAUACAUUUCUAAUGAAUGGUCUAAUUCAAGGAGUAAAGGGCUUACUGUCAUUCCUCAGUGCCCCACUCAUAGGUGCCCUGUCUGAUGUGUGGGGACGAAAGUCCUUCUUGCUGCUAACAGUAUUUUUCACCUGUGCACCGAUACCACUAAUGAAGAUCAGCCCAUGGUGGUACUUCGCUGUAAUCUCGGUGUCUGGAGUUUUUGCAGUGACAUUUUCUGUAGUUUUUGCGUAUGUAGCAGACAUAACCCAAGAACACGAGAGGAGCAUGGCCUAUGGUUUGGUUUCAGCAACUUUUGCAGCAAGUUUAGUCACCAGCCCUGCUAUCGGUGCCUACCUUGGCCGAGCGUACGGCGACAGCCUGGUGGUGGUGCUGGCUACAGCAAUCGCCUUGUUGGACAUUUGUUUCAUCCUUGUUGCUGUACCGGAAUCGCUGCCAGAGAAGAUGAGGCCAGCGUCCUGGGGAGCACCCAUUUCAUGGGAACAGGCUGACCCCUUUGCAUCCCUGAAGAAAGUCGGCCAGGACUCCAUUGUGCUGCUAAUCUGCAUAACAGUCUUUCUUUCCUACCUCCCAGAGGCAGGCCAAUAUUCCAGCUUCUUCCUAUACCUCAGACAGAUAAUGGGAUUUUCAUCUGAAAGUGUUGCAGCAUUUAUAGCAGUUCUUGGGAUUCUUUCCAUUAUUGCACAGACAAUAGUGUUGAGUUUACUGAUGCGAUCCAUUGGGAAUAAGAACACCAUCCUGCUGGGCCUGGGGUUCCAAAUCCUGCAGCUGGCCUGGUACGGCUUUGGGUCAGAGCCAUGGAUGAUGUGGGCGGCCGGCGCUGUGGCUGCCAUGUCCAGCAUCACUUUCCCAGCCGUCAGCGCCCUGGUCUCACGAACCGCCGAUGCCGACCAGCAGGGUGUUGUUCAAGGGAUGAUUACAGGAAUUCGAGGACUGUGUAAUGGUUUGGGACCAGCGCUAUAUGGUUUUAUAUUCUAUAUAUUUCACGUUGAAUUGAAUGAACUGCCCAUGCCCGAAUCAUCGUCAGGAGGUAGCGUGGUUGCGCAAUACCAUUUACAACAGAACUCCAUAAUUCCUGGACCCCCAUUCUUAUUUGGAGCGUGCUCUGUGCUGUUGGCACUACUUGUUGCCUUGUUUAUUCCUGAACAUACGAACCUAAACGUAAGAUCCAGCAACUGGAAGAAACACUGUGGCAGCCACAGCCAUCCCCACAGCCCACAAGCUCCUGGUGAAGCUAAAGAACCAUUACUGCAAGAUACAAAUGUAUGACAAAUAUCCAGGAAGACCGUUUGGACUCUUCUUUCAUCAGCAGUGUGGGAUACACAUUCCAACUCCAUCAAAAUGUAAUUUCUUAAGGUAAUCUUAAGAAGCAUCUCUCUGCAUGAAAUCUGUAGGAAUUGAAACAGGAGCUUUCUCCAAAGAUGUUGCCAUUGAACUAAAAAACUUGCUUUUAUAAACAAACUGUUACAUACUUGUCUCUUGCCAUGAAUACUGUUACUGCUAAACUUUCCAUUCUUAGUUCAGAGACAAACAAUAGAGUCAAGGCAUGAGCAUGUGUCCUUCUGUUUCCUUACGGUGGUGAGCUUUAAUUCUAGUCACGCUAUGUCUCAAUGAGACAGACUGGCAUCCAUGUGGACCCAUUCGUUUUAAUGUUGUAAAAUCUUGGGUCAGCUGAUUCGAAGCCUUAAUGUAAAUGUACUUAAGUAGGGAGGUGAAUUGGUAUCAUUUCUUUUAAAAGUCACAUGGCAGGUUUUUUUUAAGUUUGUACUAAUAUAAAAAUCACACGAGCACGCUUGCUGAACAGUAAAAGUUAUUUUUAUGUAAGUGCAUUUACUCUUUCUAUUUUUGAAGAAACGGUCGUAUCAAACACUUGUUGAAAUACAAAGUGGGUGUUUUGGGCCUACAGAUUUUAAUACUGGCUCUAAACCUCUGCUUUCCUCCGUACCGUUUAUUAAACCACUCUAUUUCUGAUGUUCGCGUAAUCAUCAAGGACCUCAAAACUUGAAUACACAGACUGAACUCUAUAAGCUGAUAGCCUUGAAUCUGUCGUGUGCUAUAUAGUGGCCUUUGAGGACUGUCACGAGAACCCUUUUGCAUUACAGAGCUAAAGUUUUAGUCCUAAAUUUUCAGGACCCUUAGUACAGAAGAGAGCUUUAUACAAUUACUGAUGUGAAUUUCUCUAAAAGUGUAUAUUUUUGUGUCCAGUUGUAUUAUUUAAGUGUUCCUUUGUAUAAAUUUGUGUAUAAAGUAUUGUAUAGGUUUAAAAUGUUUUCAUCUUGUGGUUAUUGCUUAAUGCUUUUUUACCUUUGAACAUUCACCAUGGUUGACCAAGAGCAGGAAAAAAAAUGUAAAUAUACUGUUAAUAAAGUUGAAUAUUUUAAUGAAUUUUUAAA